AUGGCCAAAGGUUUCAAGGACAAGUUGGGAGAAGGAGGCUAUGGUUCUGUCUACAAAGGAAAGCUUAGAAGUGGUCAUCUUGUAACAAUAAAAGUAUUGGGCAAGCCCAAAGCCAAUGGACAAGAAUUUAUCAAUGAAGUUGCUACCAUAGGAAGGAUUCAUCAUGUUAAUGUGGUUCAGCUAAUUGGAUAUUGUGCAGAGAGAUCUAAGAGAGCUCUUAUAUAUGACUUCAUGCCAAAUGGGUCUCUGGAAAAGUAUAUAUUUUCUCAAGAAGGAUAUAUACCAUUGAGUUGUAAGCAAGUGUACGAGAUUUCUCUAGGAGUGGCUCGCGGGAUUGAAUAUUUACAUCGGGGUUGUGACAUGCAAAUUUUGCAUUUUGAUAUCAAACCUCACAACAUUCUUCUUGAUGAGAAUUUUACUCCAAAAGUUUCCGACUUCAAUGUUCAAGUCGUUGGAUCUCGUUCGGUUACUUUUCUCAUUCCUAUCAAGACGCUUUUGAUCACUUUGAUAAUUAACAUUGAAUAUUUCAUCAUGAUAGUAAUUGGAGUUACGAGCUCGAAGUCAUAG